AUGGUUGUGGAGCCUCCUGCUUCCAUCCCGCCGGUAGCAGUCAUCGUUAGUACCGAUGUCGAUGCACCCGCUAGUCUUCCCGCGCUUCAGCACAACAAACUCAUCAUUGAUAUGGUGCGUCAUUACGGCUGCACCCCUUUCCCCCGGAAGGAAGUAGGCGGUGAAGCUGCCUUUUGUAAUGACAUUUUUGAAUGGGUCGAUCGCAAUCUACCAAGUGUUGAUGUGGAAGAUAUGACUGUGUUCCACGACGAGUCAUACGUGCGCUAUUUGAGUUUACGCGAGGUGGCUUCGGGGGAUGAUGAGCACGUUCUCUCAUUUUCAGGAUGCAGCAAUAUAAGGGGCACGCCAUCAAAAAGAUUCGCUUCUAGACGUUGCUCAGCCCCCCUGCCACCGUUCGUGCUUUUCCCACAAAAUGGGGACAAAAGGUUUAACCUCGUGGGUGACAGCGCGCCUUUCUCUGGUAUGUGGCGAUUCACUCAGGCCGUUGUGUCAGGUACACUUGCGGCCACUCGCUUGCUCGCACAGCCAUCCCGAUUCGCCGCUAUUCAUUGGAUGGGUGGGAAACAUAAUGCAAAGCGCGCUUCAGCUGGGGGUUCGUGCUUGGUCAAUGACGUUGUUCUCGCCGUAUUAGAGUUACGCAAACUUCUACCAGCGAAUAGAAAUGUGGUUCUUGCGGUUGAUCUUGACGCUCAUCAUGGUGAUGGGGCGCAGGAGGCUUUUCUGUCGGAUCCUCGAGUAGUUACCCUAUCUCUUCAUGCGUACGGUAUAGGAAUCUUCCCUGGAACCGGUUCGUUGGAAGAAAUAGGGAGUGGUUUGGGACGCGGCUACACCAUGAACAUUCCACUGCCUGUGGGGGCAACUGACGCUCUUGUUGUGCCGAUGGCCCAGCGUGGCAUCUAUUCUGCGUUCAGGAGGGCCGGGGUCGAGUUGGGAGCAGUAGUCGUUGUUUGUGGGUCGAAUUCCUUAUCUGGAGAUCCCUAUGGCCUUUUGAAUUUAACCAUAGGAGGAUACCAACGGAUUCUUCGUACGCUUCUUACCGAGUCUGCAAGUCAUUCUGCGAAAGUGCUCAUGCUAGGUGGUAGUUGCAACGUGGAUGUGGUCGCGGCCCGUCUGGCCGGGGUACUGACACGCGACGUAUUUAGCUGUGCAACCGCUCUACGUAACGGUGAAACCAGCUACUUCUCGUGGUCUCCCGACCUGUCGACAGACAAGGGUGUUGAAGUUCCCGAGGACUGUGAAUAUUUUACCAUGUACGGACCUUCCUUUUUGAUGCAUAGCCUCCCGCUCGCUGUGGUUGACGAAGUCCACCACUUUCCACCUGAUUCUGUCCUUUUUUCCCGAAUGCGCCAAAUUGCAGCGAAGGGGGAACGGAACAGUCAGAUGAGGGACAGGGCGGCCCGUAAGACUGUCAUUGAGGAUGAUGAAGAGGAAGAAUCAGAAAGUGAGGAAGAGGACACUGAUGAGGAAGAGGAGACUGAGAGUGAAGGAGAUGAGAAUACCAGCUCCCAAGAGGGUACUGACGAGGAAGUUGUAAUCGAUGAGGAUGAGGAAACUAACGGUGAAGGGGAUGAAGACACUAGUUCCCAAGAAGGCAAUGACGAGGAAGAGGACACUGAUGAGACCGUCCUUACUGAUCACGUUAGAGAAGGGUUUCCUUGUCUAAAAGAGCGCAUCUGUGGGAGUCUAAGUGAGGGACAGUGA